GCGCAUAGAUGUAGUUGUUCCGUAUAUAUUUGUAGAGAGAGAAACUCGGUGGAAACUCUUCUUUCUCCCUCUUCUCAUCCGUUCUGUACCUAACCCUAGUAAUUGUUUUCAAGAGAGAAAAUUGAUCGCUCAUUAAUUACUAGUUAAUGGGAACAAUAUGAAACCCUAGAUCUUUAUGUUUUUCUCUCGGGUUUGUAAUCGGUGAAUUUUGUGAUUGUGACUGAAGUAAGAGAGCUAGGGGUUUUAUCAAUGGAGCCGCGAGUGGGGAAUAAGUAUCGACUCGGUCGGAAAAUCGGCAGUGGAUCUUUUGGAGAGAUCUAUCUCGGGACCAAUAUACAGACAAAUGAAGAAGUGGCAAUUAAGCUCGAAAAUGUCAAGACAAAACAUCCUCAGUUACUGUACGAGUCAAAGUUAUACAGGAUUCUGCAGGGUGGAACUGGAAUACCAAAUGUAAGAUGGUUUGGUGUGGAGGGAGACUACAAUGUUCUAGUAAUGGAUUUGCUUGGGCCCAGUCUAGAAGAUCUAUUCAAUUUUUGCAGUAGGAAACUUUCUUUGAAGACAGUUCUCAUGCUUGCAGAUCAAAUGAUCAAUCGUGUUGAAUUUGUUCAUUCUAAAUCAUUUUUACAUCGAGACAUCAAGCCAGACAAUUUUCUCAUGGGCUUGGGACGGCGUGCAAAUCAGGUCUACAUCAUUGACUUUGGUCUGGCCAAGAAGUAUAGAGACACAUCAACUCACCAACACAUUUCUUACAGGGAGAACAAAAACUUGACUGGAACGGCACGAUAUGCAAGCAUGAAUACCCACCUGGGUAUAGAACAAAGCAGAAGAGAUGAUAUGGAAUCUCUUGGAUAUGUCCUGAUGUACUUCUUAAGAGGAAGCCUUCCUUGGCAAGGAUUGAAAGCAGGAACCAAGAAACAGAAGUAUGAGAAGAUAAGUGAGAAAAAGGUUUCAACUUCCAUUGAGGCUUUGUGCCGGGGUUAUCCAACAGAGUUUGCAUCAUAUUUCCAUUACUGUCGAUCACUACGUUUUGAGGAUAAACCAGAUUAUGCUUAUCUGAAGAGAUUAUUCCGUGACCUCUUCAUUCGCGAAGGUUUCCAAUUUGAUUAUGUUUUUGAUUGGACUAUUUUGAAGUAUCAACAAUCACAGAUGGGUGCUCCUCCUUCCAGAACUCUUGGCCAAACUCUUGGUACAAGCUCAGGAUUGCCCCCUGCAAUCCCCAAUGCUGAACGACAGCCUGGCGAGGAAGAGGGGAGGCAAGGUGGUGCUUCGUCUGCAGAUCCUUCUCGAAGGAGAAAUUCUGGACAACUUAUAAAUGCUGGAAGUUUGUCCAAGCAGAAGAGUCCCGUUGCACAUGAUUCAACAAGCAAAGAUGCUGUGAUGUCGGGCUCCACAUUUUUGGGAAGGUCUAGUGGAUCAUUGAGGCGAGGUGCAGUUUCUGGAAGCCGCGACACUUUUACCAUGGGAAAUGAGUCUGAUCCCACCCGUUCUCGCACCCCUGAGGCUAGUCCAGGGACUAUGCACAAAAUAUCAAGUGGGCAAAGAAGUUCACCACUCGGUGGAUCCUCUGACCCAAAGCAUGCCUCUUCUGGCAGGAACAAUUCUAGCACAAGGAACUAUGAGUCCACAAUAAAGGGUAUUGAGAAUCUGAAUUUCGAUGAUGAAGAGAGGGUACAUUAUUGAAUGCACGCAUUGUCACGUUCUUGUUUAUCAUCAGUUUGUGUUAUAGAUGGAGGUAGGAUUAAGAAUGUUGAAGAUGCUUUUGGGGGAAGAUUUGAUUUGGAAAAUCAAGGAAAUGGGGGUUGGUAUUCAUGUUCGCGAAGAUCUGUAGCCAAUAAAUAGACAAAGCAGAUUAUGAAACUGAACGUGCACUGAUCUGUGGCGGCGUGGGUCUUUAAUUCCAUGUGGCCUUCUAUUCCUACCUCUCAAACCUUAUUUCUUCCCGAUGCCGGGUAUUUUCUGGAACUGUAAAUUUGCCAUUGUAACGCUAGCUUUCAACAAAAUCUAUGCGGUUGGUUUUUAAGUAUUCAAGUAGCUGGAUGGGCUUUUGCCACUGCUUUUGUUUGUUUGAUUGUGGUUGAGAACCACGUAUGGGUGUGAAAUCCUUGGCUCUGUAUCAUUGAUGUGAUACUCCUUAAUUUCUUGGAAUUUAUUUUCAACAGCUUUCACGCAAAAUGAAUUUUGACCAACAAUUUACUCUA